AUUUGGGCUCAGCACUGCCAGCUGGUUUCACUGCCAGCUGGUUUCACAUCUGAUUCCUUCGCCUCGUGACAUGUCAGCAAUUGGAGCACGCUUGGAGGCAGGUGGCAUCUCUUCACUAUGAUGGAUUUGGUUCAAAGCGUUGUUGUGUUUGCUUUGGAAGCACCCAAUUGGGAAUGGCUUCCAAGUUGUCAAGCGCAGUAGCUCGAGUGCCAGACUCCAAAUUGGAAGCAUACGCAGUCGCUGUGCUCGAUGGAGAUGCAGUUGGCUUCGCGCAGCUAGGGUUCCAUGACACUCCGGGUGAUAUCAUGGAUCCUUAUGUCUUCCAAACAAAGCCAUCCGCUGGCACGUGUCAUUUGGAGCGGAUUGUGGUGUCUUACAAGGUGCGCGGCAAAGGGUUAGGCACGACACUGCUUGCUUGGGUGGAUAGCAAGGCCCGCGAACGAGAGUGUAAGACUGUAAAGCUUGAGGUUGUCAGCAACAAUCCAGCAAAGAUGCUCUACGAGAGGCAAGGAUAUGUUUCCCAGACCAGUGCUGCUGCGAAGAUUUGUAUGUGUCCUUGCGUUUUUUGCAUUCUUGGACAUCUCUACGUUGAUUUUAUGUACAAGAGUCUUUGAGAAGUUUGCGAUGGCCAUGACUCCGAUUGGGACAACGGGGAUGACCUGGAUAUCGACAUCGAUGACCAGCGCAGUUUAGUCCAGAUCCGAAUGGAUCCAUGGCUUUUGAUACCCGCAGGGAAUCGAAGGCGUCUUAGACGCUUUUCCACGGUUUUCCCAGGAAAA